AUGAUUAGAAGAAGUCUCCGUGUUUGCAAAAAGAGGACGACAGAGAAGAAUCCGGAAACAAACCAUAAGAAAGAUGCUCUUCCUUUGGAUCUACUGUUGGAGAUUCUGAUUCGAUUGCCUGCGACAUCCGUCACUAGUUUUAUGCUGGUAUCGAAAGCAUGGGCAAACACCAUCCGCAGCAAGGAUUUCCUCAGAUCGUUUCCCUAUCCAUCCUCACCUUGCCGUCUCCUCAUCGCUUUACAGGGCCGAGAUCGCAAUACGGGACGCCAGAGUUGCUGCUUCUUCUCCUCUUCUUCUUCGCUGUCGUCGUCAACAACAUCUUUUCUAUCCAGAAUCACAAACCCCUCCUCCUCAAAUCGGCCAGGCUGGCUCACUGCUUAUUACGUCAAUGGAUUGAUGAGCAUCGGACAGGUGAUAUGUAACCCAAUCACCGGUAAGUCCAUCACUCUACCAAAGCUGCUCAAAACCGCCUGUAAUCCACGGCUGGCCAUGCGCUUUUUCGGUUACGAUCCCGCCAACAACCAGUACAAAGUAUUGUCCCUGUCGCCAACACCAAAUUCAACUCCAGCACGAGUUAAAGCUCAAGUAUUCACAUUGGGAGGCGCUAAACCUAAACCUAAUUCAUGGAGACUCAUCGAUUGUCCCAUUCCUCACGCUCUUAGGUCUAGAGGUCUCUGUAUAGAUGGGUCUGUGUACUACAUUGCCGGCGGCACAGGACUGAUGCAGAUGAGUCUGAUGAGAUUUGAUCUCAACUCUGAAAAGUUUGAUAUCUUUGCUAGUGUCUCUGAGGCUGUUCGCGCCUUGCGUCCUCGACGUCCUCUCAAUUUGAUCAACUACCAUGGCAAAGUAGCCAUCGCCAUCCAACCAAUCCGCACUGCGAGUAGAAUCGAUGUGCGGGUUUUCCAAGCAGGGAAACAGGAUGAGCUGGAGGUGUCUUUCCAUGAUCUUCCCCAGCUGCAUAUGCAUAUCAAAGGCGUUGUUUCUCAUACGGGUGAGGUUGUUUUUGCAUCCUACGGUUCCCCUGAGGCUCAUGUUUUCCACUACGAUCCCAACAAUAGUGCUAAUAAACUUACCAGGAUCAAUAUCCAAGUUGAUGCAAACCGUAACAUGUUUUCUGAAGCCAAUUAUUUCCUUGGUUUCCAAGAGUCUUAUGUUGUUGUAAGCUAA